GACCUCCUUCGCUACUCUCCCCGCUCGAGCUGCUUGACCAUGGACGCUUCGCUCGCCGUCACCAACAAGUCCGAGAUGGACGAGGCCCAGAUCAGGGCCCUCGAGGAGCACCAGAUCAGCCAAGGCCCGCUCUCGGUCCUCCAGACGGCCGUCCGCGCAGGCUCGCAGGUCCUCAUUGCCCUGCGAAACAACCGCAAGCUCCUCGGCAAAGUCAAGGCCUUUGACCGGCAUUCCAACAUGGUCCUGGAGAACGUCAAGGAGAUGUGGACCGAGGCACCGAAGGGCAAGGGCAAGAAGCCCGUCAACAAGGACCGGUUCGUGUCCAAGAUGUUCUUGCGGGGAGACUCUGUCGUGCUCGUGCUCAGGAAUACCUAAAAGCGCCCCUCCCCCCUCGUCGUCCUUCGUCCAUCCGUCGUUGCCGUCGUCAGCGCAUUGUCUACCUCCCACUCCCACUCGUCGCUUUCGGUGCUCUCGCUCUUCCUGUAACAAGACGGGCUUCGUGCCCCUGUUUCUCCCGG